ACAGGGGCGGAGGGCCGGGCCCGCAAGCGCAGGAGCCGGCGGGGCGCAAAGGUUGGCGUCUUCUAGCCGCGACCUUCGCCGGAGGGGCCGCGGCAGCAUGACGGUGGGAGCCAGGCUCCGAAGCAAGGCGGCGAGAGGCCUCCCGCGCCGCGGGCCCCGGGGGCGGGCGCGGACGGACGGGGACGAGGAGGCGGCCGCCCUCCUGGAGCAGCCGGAGCGCGGCGACCAGGCGGCGAGCUGGGCGAACGCGGGGCGCCCGGGCGCCCGGAGCGCGCGCAAGGUGCACCUGGCCGUGCUCCCCGAGCGCUACGAGCCGCUGGAGGAGCAGGCCCCCGGCGAGAAGCCCAAGAGGCGGUACCGGCAGAAGCUGAAGAAGUACGGCAAGAAUGUGGGCAAGGUCAUCACCAAAGGAUGCCACUACGUGGUCAUCGGCCUGCAGGGAUUCGCCGCCGCCUACUCCGCCCCCUUCGGAGUAGCCACCAGCGUGGUCUCGUUCGUCCGCUAGUGGGCGCUGCGGCGGCAGACACUUUCCAGAAAGGAUGGAUGCUCCCCUGCUCCAGGAGCCUCUGAAUCCAGGACCAUUUCCGACCCGAACCCACAAAAUCCUUGGAGGAAGACAGUGGCUUCCCUUGUUGAUUUGGAUGAAUGCUGUGAAUAGAACAUCCCUGCGCAUCUGCUGAGCUUUUCAGGACUCUGGGACACAGGUGGCUCCGAAGGACAGUCCCACAGAGUGUUAGGCCCGUGUUCGCUUUGGGAUUACGGUUUGCCCUCCGUUCCGAGGGCAGUAGAGGAGCUGUCUGUCUGCCCAGCACCCCAUCUCCUUCCUCCACCCUGUCGUCACCAAGAAGCAAGGAAGGAAAAUCUCUUAGAAGGUUGUGACGCUUUUAAGACAUUUGAGGAGACGUGUGACUGCUUAAAGCAGAUCAAGUUUGUGCUUCCCACCCUCCCAUGAGGCCAGCGUGCAGCAGCAGCUGGGAUGAGGGAGCGGGGAGGCCACGUUCACACGCAGGCUGGGUCGGACAGGCUGCUGGAGGGAGUGCCCGCGUGGAGCCCGGGCCGGCCCUGUGCGCUGCGGGUUCGGGGCUGCAUGCCUGCGGCUGGCGGGUGGGCCUCCUGACUCCGCUACCAGGCACCGUCACCUGCUCCCCACGGCGUCCAGUGCCUCCACGCCAAGCUGCCGAGGGCUCUUUGUCUCUGGAGAGAGGGGGACGCUGUGCCUGGCAAGGGAAGUGUGUGAUUUGGGGAAGGACCCAGGAGGUAGGAGACAGGUGUGCUGAAAGUAGGAACAGAAAGAUGGUGGACAGGAAAAGGGGAGGUACGGGAGCCGGGUCUGGUUUACCGGCGCUGGGCCUUCAGCUCGGGGUAGGGACCCGGGAGGCUGGGCGGCUAGAGGUGCCGCGGCCGGUGCUUAGAAUCCCUCUGGUGCCCGUGAGCCCUCACCAGCUGCCCUUGUAGCUUCCUUUCCUCGCGCGCUGCCAAGCUUGUCCCCAGGACGACCCGCGGCCUGCUGUUGGACCCCUGGGCAGGGGGGUGAAAGGAGGCUCCUCCUCUUACCAUAGCGCUCGUGAUGGGCCACUGUGCUGACUGUCGGCAGACUCUCCAGAGGUCCCAAAUGACGGUCUCGGAUCGGUCUGUAGAAUGGGUAUUAACACCUGCCCGCUGCCCCAGCGAGUCUCCCAGGCCCCGCAGAGGCGGCCUCCGUGUCCACGCCUCCCCGGUCAAGCCAACCAGGUGGCCCCUGGAAGUGGACAGACAGGGACAGAAAAAGGAAUGGGUGGAAGAGGAAGUUGUGGCUGGACUUGACCUCACGUUCUGGAGACCCAUGUUGAAGCUGAACUUGGAUCCAGUUCCUGGAUCAUUAAUAUUUGUGAGGAAAAGAGAAAACAGACAGUCUUGUUUUAACUCAAAUGAUGAAGGUUGAUCACGGCACGUUUUCACACAUGGAAGGUAAUCAGAGCUUGCCUGGUGGCUCUGGGACCUGGGGGGGGGGGGGGGACAGAAGAGACGGGUUUCAGGGAGAGCCAGGCCUGCACGGCCCGCUAGUGACCAAAGGGCGCUGCAGGAAGCAGCCUGUGGUGAACUUGGAGGAUGCCCUUCCCCAGGGGGACCCAGUGAUGCCGACCAGCCCCUGAGAAGCUCACGGAGUCCCCCUGGGGGAAUGGAAGUGUGACCCAGAAAGGGACCAGAGCCGCCAGGGCCUCGCCAGUGAAAGCUUUCCCCACCCCACCCCCAGACAGGAGCCACUAUCGGGCCAGGCACAUUUGACCCUGAAAUUCGUAUCGUCUGGUUAAGAAUUAACCCAGAAAUUUCCCAAGUCAGAAUCUCGCAGGGAUUGUCCUGGGAGCCAGAUUCUUGUGUCCAGAUGGACUUCUCCAAGCCGCUCAGACAGAGGGCUCCCCUCCCCGGCGACCGGGCGCCCGUGUUGCAGAUCACGCGUUCACCCUUUCUCUGUCUUCAGCUUUUUUUUAAUCAGGGCCCACUCCCUACUGAGAAUUGAGUCUUCGAGCUUUGCUUUUCCACGCUUGACCAAGAGGCUUCUUUUGAUUCCUUUAUGUAAAUAAAACCCCGGAUUUGUGUAA